GCCACAAAUUGAAUGAUCAGUUCGCUUUGAGCAUUGCUACGCGUUGGACGCGAUCUUCGGAAAAUUGUGAUUUCUAAACGAAAAACGAAACGACUGACACACUACCACAUUCAACAAGGCAUUAACCAGCAAACCAACAAUUAAAAAAUAGCCAUAUAAAAAAAGAGAAGAAAAGAGCAAAUACAAAAAACGAAGAGCUAAAAAAACAUUGAAUAUUUUUUAUAGCGUUAGUUUCAGAUUCUGUGCUUGUGUGUUUUGAAAUAUCGACUGCAUUCUAAUAAAUCAUUCAGUUAAUUUGUUAUAAAUUCCCCAUUAAAACCUUGAUAAAAUGGUCUCGAAAGGCAGCAAAAAGAAACAGCAGCAAGUAAGUGGUCAUAGCAGCAGAGACAGUAAAAAUGCUGCCAGCAGCAGCAGUAUCACCUCUACCUCCUCGACCACUGUGGUGCGUACGGCUGACACCGGCGCAGAGACAGCGUCAAACAGUAAGACGGUGUUGGAGGCGACUCCUACAACAUCGCAGUCGAUACAGUUGCCUGCGUGGACGAAAACUUCUCAGCAAGUAAAAAACUCUGAGUCGGCGACAAGCGGCAAAUCGACACUGUCAACAACGUACGCAGGUACGCAAUCGCAAACACAGUUGUUCAAGAGCAGCAGCAGCAGCAGCCACAUUGAAUCGAGGUCAGAACAGCAACAGCAACUGCAGCAAGGUGGGCAGCAGGAACAGCUAUUUCAGUUAGUCAGCAACACAGGCGGCGGUGAUACUGCGCCAAUUGUUUCCAUAAUGACAGACACCUUAAAAUCGACGAAUGCAUCAUCCUCAUCAUCCUCAUUUCAACAGAAAUCAGAAUACUAUGAAGAGAUAUCAGGCGAUUUUUCGAAUUCCAAAGUUAUAUCAUCCAUCGAUCUGCUUGAAAGUGAUAAAAAGGAGCCGGUUUUCUCAGUGCCGAUCGAUGUCAUUGAGGUAGUUGGAGGCGGUAGUAGCACCAACAUUGGCAGUUUCAACACAGCAUAUUCGUCAUCGUCCCAGUCACAAACCGGUGCAAUCACCAGCAUCAGCAGCUCUAACUUUGCACAAAUGCAGUCCACGAGCAGCAGCAGUAAGGUCAUUGAUGGAGGAAUUACGUUUUCCAACAUGUCCACUGAAAACUCAAAGUCGUCGUUGUCUACCUCGAAAACAGCAAAGUCGGGCAAAGUCACAUCAACUAAUGUUGAAAUGACAUCAUCGUCAAACAAGUUUUCAGCAAAUGAUGUGAACAGCAGUAGCUAUACGUCGUACUCGACGACUGAUGGUCAUGUUAUUAAUGGUGGUACAACAACACCAGCAAUAGAGCCGCCAAACAAAACUUCAACGGUAUACACAAAAGACACACAGAAAGCAAUCAAUGACGACACUUAUUCCACCACCUCCGCUGCAAUUCAGAGCUACUCAACACAAGCUAAUACGUCACAGAGUAGCAUAGAUAAGAAAAUAAAGAGUGACGUCGUUAAUAGCAAACAAUUAGCGUCCAAAAAGUCAACGAAAACGUCUUCGGAAAUUGAGCAAAAUAUCUCUGAGCAAACAAUCGAACAAAGCUCGCUCAAGAAAAGUAAGUCCACGUCAAAGAAAGAGGUGUACGAUGUGAAAACUAAAAGAUGGACAGAGUUGAACGAAAAAACCGGCAUUAGCGCCACGAACAAAAAGCAUCCAACUAUUGAGCGCUACGUUAGUCGCGAAUCGGAUGGGACAUACAAAAUUACGUAUAAGAAAAAAAUAUUCGAUCAGCGUGCGAACAAGUGGAAAAUCAUCGAAGAGAAGACGGUGGACAGUGCUCAUGAUACACACUACCCUGAAAUAGUUGAUGAUGUCAUCAAUACAACGACGACCACAUACACAACCAAAGUGUAUGACACCACAAGUGGGGAGUGGAAAGUUGUUGAAGAGAAAUCGUUUGUGGAUGCAAAAGCUUUCGUGCCAAACGACAUUGUGCGCGAAAUCGAAAAAGACAAUACUGAUGUGGCGAACAUAACAACAACGACCGAAGUAACAAAGAUAUUUGAUGCUAGCCUGAAUGACUGGCGGGUACUAGACGAAAAAACCCACACUGAUGUUAUUGAGCGAAUAGUUGAAGCGCCUAAAAAGACAAUAUUUAUAGACGAAUAUGUAGAAAUCGAAAAGAAUGUGGAAAUAACAGAAGACAGUGAAAAUAUAACCAAUGAACGUACUAACACAUCAAAAAGGAAGGAUGUUGUCACAAAUGUUUACGACGAAGUUGAUGAGGUUAGGAAAGAGAGGCUGACUUCAAAUGACUCAAGAAUCCGUGGAGUCGAUCAAAAGGGAUCGUUUGGUUCAAAGCAUACGGAAAUGUGUAUUUGCGAAAUUUGCACCUGCGGUCGCCAUCAUUGCGCUUCAAGUGUAAAGCAAACAGAUACAAUCUUGGAAACAAUAGACUUGUUGGAUGAAUCUCAAACACGAAUACGUUCUAACACUUGGUCUAAAAAAGACCUAGAAGAAUCUCGUUUAAAACUAUUAUAUGACCAUGUAGGCCCAGCCACUUUAGUGAAACCCGUGGACAAUUUAAAACCUGAAGGGGAAUUUGUGAUUCCCGAGAAAAUUCCAUUCCAGCCAACAGAGAGAAGAACACUUGUAACUCGAAAAGACAAUCUACGUACUGAAGGAGAAAUGACCUUUACAGAAGUAGAAGAGUACCAGUAUGCAACUAGACCUCAACAAGUUAAACCCAUCGACAAUCUCAAACCUGAAGGUGAAUUUUAUGUGCCAGAAAAACCAAAAUACCAACCAGUUGAACAGCCCACUCAAGUAAAACAUAAAGACAAUUUAAAGCCUGAGGGAGACUUUUACACACCUGAAAAAGUCGGCUACCAGCCAUCGGAACGCCCAAUACAAAAGCGACCAGAAGACAAUUUAAAACCGGAGGGCGAAUUUACGAUACCUGAAAAGACUCCUUACGAGCCAGCAGAGCGGCCGACUCAAACAACAAGACGAGAUAAUCUUCGAACAGAGGGCGAAAUGACAUUCGAAUCAAAAGAAACAUAUCAGUUCGUAUCUAGACCUGAGCAAGUUAAGCCCACCGAUAAUCUAAGACCGGAAGGAGAAUUUUAUACACCAGAGAAACCUGGUUACAAACCGGCAGAACGACCAACUCAGAAAAAACCGGAAGACAAUUUGAAACCUGAGGGUGAAUUCUAUUCCCCAGAGAAAUCGAAGUUCCAGCCAGGUGAGCGCCCAACUCAAGUACGGCAUGCAGAUAACUUGCGACCAGAAGGUGAGUUUUACACUCCCGAAAAAGCAGGAUUCACGCCGGCAGAACGCCCAACUCAGAAAAAGCCAGAAGAUAAUCUUCGACCAGAGGGUGAGUUUUACACUCCCGAUAAACCAGGAUACAAACCAGCAGAACGCCCAACUCAGAAAAAACCAGAAGAUAAUCUUCGACCAGAGGGUGAAUUUUACUCCCCUGAAAAACCAGGAUAUAGACCAGCAGAACGACCGACACAGAAGAAACCAGAGGAUAAUUUGAGACCAGAGGGUGAAUUUUAUUCUCCAGAGAAACCGAAGUUCCAGCCAGGAGAACGUCCAACUCAAGUUAGGCACGCCGAUAACUUGCGACCGGAAGGAGAGUUUUAUACUCCGGAAAAACCAGGUUUCAAGCCGGCAGAGCGACCGGCUCAGAAGAAACCAGAAGACAACCUCCGACCAGAGGGUGAAUUUUACACUCCCGAGAAACCAGGAUUCAAGCCGGCAGAGCGCCCAACUCAGAAAAGGCCACAAGAUAAUCUUCGACCAGAGGGGGAAUUCUAUUCUCCAGACAAACCUAAGUUCCAGCCUGGGGAACGGCCAACUCAAGUAAGACACGCAGAUAACUUACGACCGGAAGGUGAGUUUUACUCUCCGGAAAAGCCAGGUUUCAAGCCGGCAGAACGACCGACUCAGACGAGGCCGGAAGAUAAUUUGAGACCGGAGGGCGAAUUUUACACUCCCGAGAAACCAGGAUUUAGACCAGCAGAACGCCCAACUCAGAAAAAACCGGAGGAUAAUUUGAGGCCUGAGGGAGAAUUUUACUCCCCUGAAAAACCAGGGUAUAGGCCAGCAGAACGACCAACACAGAAGAAACCAGAGGAUAAUUUGAGACCAGAGGGUGAAUUUUAUUCUCCAGAGAAACCGAAGUUCCAGCCAGGAGAACGUCCAACUCAAGUAAGGCAUGCAGAUAACUUGCGACCGGAAGGUGAGUUCUACACUCCCGAGAAACCAGGAUUCAAGCCGACAGAGCGACCGACUCAGAAGAAGCCAGAAGAUAAUCUUCGACCAGAGGGAGAAUUUUACACUCCCGAGAAACCAGGAUUUAGACCAGCAGAACGCCCAACUCAGAAAAGGCCAGAAGAUAACUUGAGACCAGAGGGUGAAUUCUAUUCUCCAGAGAAACCGAAAUUCCAGCCUGGUGAGCGGCCGACUCAAGUAAGACACGCAGAUAACUUGCGACCGGAAGGUGAGUUUUAUACUCCGGAAAAGCCAGGUUUCACGCCGGCAGAGCGACCGACUCAGAAGAAACCAGAAGAUAACCUUCGACCAGAGGGAGAAUUUUACACUCCCGAGAAACCAGGAUUCAAGCCGGCCGAACGCCCAACUCAGAAAAGACCAGAAGAUAACUUGAGACCAGAGGGCGAAUUCUAUUCUCCAGAGAAACCGAAAUUCCAGCCUGGUGAGCGGCCGACUCAAGUAAGACACGAAGAUAACUUGCGACCGGAAGGUGAGUUUUAUACUCCCGAAAAGCCAGGUUUCAAGCCGGCAGAGCGACCGACUCAGAAGAGGCCAGAAGAUAAUCUUCGACCAGAGGGAGAAUUUUACACUCCCGAAAAACCAGGAUUUAGACCAGCAGAACGCCCAACUCAGAAAAGGCCAGAAGAUAACUUGAGACCAGAGGGUGAAUUCUAUUCUCCAGAGAAACCGAAAUUCCAGCCUGGUGAGCGGCCGACUCAAGUAAGACACGCAGAUAACUUGCGACCGGAAGGUGAGUUUUAUACUCCGGAAAAGCCAGGUUUCACGCCGGCAGAGCGACCGACUCAGAAGAAACCAGAAGAUAACCUUCGACCAGAGGGAGAAUUUUACACUCCCGAGAAACCAGGAUUCAAGCCGGCCGAACGCCCAACUCAGAAAAGACCAGAAGAUAACUUGAGACCAGAGGGCGAAUUCUAUUCUCCAGAGAAACCGAAAUUCCAGCCUGGUGAGCGGCCGACUCAAGUAAGACACGAAGAUAACUUGCGACCGGAAGGUGAGUUUUAUACUACCGAAAAGCCAGGCUUCAAGCCGGCAGAGCGACCGACUCAGAAGAGGCCAGAAGAUAAUCUUCGACCAGAGGGAGAAUUUUACACUCCCGAAAAACCAGGAUUUAGACCAGCAGAACGCCCAACUCAGAAACGACCAGAAGAUAACUUGAGACCAGAGGGUGAAUUCUAUUCUCCAGAGAAACCGAAAUUCCAGCCUGGUGAGCGGCCGACUCAAGUAAGACACGCAGAUAACUUGCGACCGGAAGGUGAGUUUUAUACUCCGGAAAAGCCAGGUUUCACGCCGGCAGAGCGACCGAGUCAGAAGAAACCAGAAGAUAACCUUCGACCAGAGGGAGAAUUUUACACUCCCGAGAAACCAGGAUUCAAGCCGGCCGAACGCCCAACUCAGAAAAGGCCAGAAGAUAACUUGAGACCAGAGGGCGAAUUCUAUUCUCCAGAGAAACCGAAAUUCCAGCCUGGUGAGCGGCCGACUCAAGUCAGACACGCAGAUAACUUGCGACCGGAAGGUGAGUUUUAUACUCCGGAAAAGCCAGGUUUCAAGCCGGCAGAGCGACCAACUCAGAAGAGGCCAGAAGAUAAUUUGAGACCAGAGGGCGAAUUUUACACUCCCGAAAAACCAGGAUUUAGACCAGCAGAACGCCCAACUCAGAAAAAGCCAGAAGAUAAUUUAAGACCAGAGGGUGAAUUCAUGGUGCCAGAAAAGAGUCCAUUUAAACCAGCUGAAAGAACGGAACGAAUAAUACGGAAAGAUAAUUUACGAUCAGAAGGAGAAAUGAUUUUCGAAACUAAAGAAGAAUAUCAAUUUGUAGUCAGACCCGAUCAAGUUAAGCCUUCCGAUAACCUUAAGCCGGAAGGAGAAUUUUAUACUCCCGAGAAGCCGAAAUAUCAACCAGCAGAGAAACCAUUACAAAUCAGGCGGGAAGAUAACUUAAAACCAGAAGGCGAAUUCUAUACUCCUGAGAAACCAGGAUAUAGGCCAGCAGAACGCCCAACUCAGAAAAAGCCAGAAGAUAACCUUCGACCAGAGGGAGAAUUUUACACUCCCGAAAAACCAGGAUUUAGACCAGCAGAACGCCCAACUCAGAAACGACCAGAAGAUAACUUGAGACCAGAGGGUGAAUUCUAUUCUCCAGAGAAACCGAAAUUCCAGCCUGGUGAGCGGCCGACUCAAGUAAGACACGCAGAUAACUUGCGACCGGAAGGUGAGUUUUAUACUCCGGAAAAGCCAGGUUUCACGCCGGCAGAGCGACCGACUCAGAAGAAACCAGAAGAUAACCUUCGACCAGAGGGAGAAUUUUACACUCCCGAGAAACCAGGAUUCAAGCCGGCCGAACGCCCAACUCAGAAAAGACCAGAAGAUAAUCUUCGACCAGAAGGGGAAUUCUAUUCUCCAGACAAACCUAAGUUCCAGCCUGGUGAGCGGCCAACUCAAGUAAGACACGCAGAUAACUUACGACCGGAAGGUGAGUUUUACACUCCGGAAAAGCCAGGUUUCAAGCCGGCAGAGCGACCAACUCAGAAGAGGCCAGAAGAUAAUUUGAGACCAGAGGGCGAAUUUUACACUCCCGAAAAACCAGGAUUUAGACCAGCAGAACGCCCAACUCAGAAAAAGCCAGAAGAUAACCUUCGACCAGAGGGAGAAUUUUACACUCCCGAAAAACCAGGAUUUAGACCAGCAGAACGCCCAACUCAGAAACGACCAGAAGAUAACUUGAGACCAGAGGGCGAAUUUUACACUCCCGAAAAACCAGGAUUUAGACCAGCAGAACGCCCAACUCAGAAACGACCAGAAGAUAACUUGAGACCAGAGGGUGAAUUCUAUUCUCCAGAGAAACCGAAAUUCCAGCCUGGUGAGCGGCCGUCUCAAGUAAGACACGCAGAUAACUUGCGACCAGAAGGUGAGUUUUAUACUCCGGAAAAGCCAGGAUUCAAGCCGGCAGAGCGACCGACUCAGAAGAAGCCGGAAGAUAAUUUGAGACCAGAGGGCGAAUUUUACACUCCCGAAAAACCAGGAUAUAGACCAGCAGAACGCCCAACUCAGAAAAGGCCAGAAGAUAAUCUUCGACCAGAGGGAGAAUUUUACACUCCUGAUAAGACAGGUUUCAAGCCGGCAGAGCGGCCGACUCAGAAGAGGCCAGAAGAUAAUUUAAGACCAGAGGGAGAAUUUUACACUCCCGAAAAACCAGGAUAUAUACCAGCAGACCGUCCAACUCAGAAAAAGCCAGAAGAUAAUUUAAGACCAGAGGGUGAAUUCAUGGUGCCAGAAAAGAGUCCGUUUAAACCAGCUGAAAGAACGGAACGAAUAAUACGGAAAGAUAAUUUACGAUCAGAAGGAGAGAUGAUUUUCGAAACUAAAAAAGAAUAUCAAUUUGUAGUCAGACCCGAUCAAGUUAAGCCCUCCGAUAACCUUAAGCCGGAAGGAGAGUUCUAUGCUCCCGAGAAGCCGAAAUAUCAACCAGCAGAGAAACCAAUACAAAUCAGGCGGGAAGAUAACUUAAAACCAGAAGGCGAAUUCUAUACUCCCGAGAAACCAGGAUAUAGGCCAGCAGAACGUCCAACUCAGAAAAAGCCAGAAGAUAACUUGAGACCAGAGGGUGAAUUCAUGGUGCCAGAAAAGAGUACGUAUAAACCAGCUGAAAGAACGGAACGAAUAAUACGGAAAGAUAAUUUACGAUCAGAAGGAGAGAUGAUUUUCGAAACUAAAGAAGAAUAUCAAUUUGUAGUCAGACCCGAUCAAGUUAAGCCCUCCGAUAACCUUAAGCCGGAAGGAGAGUUCUAUACUCCCGAGAAGCCGAAAUAUCAACCAGCAGAGAAACCAAUACAAAUCAGGCGGGAGGAUAACUUAAAACCAGAGGGCGAAUUCUAUACUCCUGAGAAACCAGGAUAUAGGCCAGCAGAACGUCCAACUCAGAAAAAGCCAGAAGACAACUUGAGACCAGAGGGUGAAUUCAUGGUGCCAGAAAAGAGUUCAUUUAAGCCAGCUGAAAGAACGGAACGAAUAAUACGGAAAGAUAAUUUACGAUCAGAAGGAGAAAUGAUUUUCGAAACUAAAGAAGAAUAUCAGUUUGUAGUUAGACCCGAUCAAGUUAAGCCCUCCGAUAACCUUAAGCCGGAAGGAGAGUUCUAUACUCCCGAGAAGCCGAAAUAUCAACCAGCAGAGAAACCAUUACAAAUCAGGCGGGAAGAUAACUUAAAACCAGAAGGCGAAUUCUAUACUCCAGAGAAACCAGGAUAUAGGCCAGCAGAACGCCCAACUCAGAAAAAGCCAGAAGAUAACCUUCGACCAGAGGGCGAAUUUUACACUCCAGAGAAACCCGGAUACAAACCGGCAGAGCGCCCAACCCAGAAAAAGCCGGAGGAUAACUUGAGACCAGAAGGCGAAUUCUAUUCCCCAGAAAAACCGAAGUUCCAGCCAGGGGAGCGCCCAACUCAAGUAAGACACGUAGACAACUUGCGGCCGGAAGGUGAGUUUUACACUCCUGAUAAGCCAGGAUUCCAGCCGGCAGAGCGACCGACUCAGAAGAAACCAGAAGAUAAUCUUCGACCAGAGGGCGAAUUUUACACUCCUGAGAAACCAGGAUAUAGACCAGCAGAACGUCCAACUCAGAAGAAGCCAGAAGAUAAUUUGAGAUCAGAGGGUGAAUUCUAUUCUCCAGAGAAACCGAAGUUCCAGCCAGGCGAGCGCGCAAAUCAAGUAAGACACGAAGACAACUUGCGACCGGAAGGUGAGUUUUACACUCCUGAUAAGCCAGGAUUCAUGCCGGCAGAGCGACCGAUUCAAAAGAAGCCGGAAGAUAACCUUCGACCAGAGGGCGAAUUUUACACUCCUGAGAAACCAGGAUACAAACCGGCAGAACGACCGACUCAGAAGAAGCCAGAAGAUAACCUUCGACCAGAGGGGGAAUUCUAUUCCCCAGAAAAAGCGAAGUUCCAGCCAGGGGAGCGCCCAACUCAAGUAAGACACGCAGAUAACUUGCGACCGGAAGGUGAGUUUUACACUCCUGAUAAGGCAGGAUUCAAGCCGGCAGAGCGACCGAUUCAAAAGAAGCCGGAAGAUAAUCUUCGACCAGAAGGCGAAUUUUACACUCCUGAGAAACCAGGAUACAAACCGGCCGAACGCCCAACUCAGAAAAGGCCAGAAGAUAAUUUGAGACCAGAGGGUGAAUUCUAUUCUCCAGAGAAACCAAAGUUCCAGCCAGGGGAGCGCCCAACUCAAGUAAGACACGCAGACAACUUGCGACCGGAAGGUGAGUUCUACACUCCUGAUAAGCCAGGAUUCAAGCCUGCAGAGCGACCGACUCAGAAAAAGCCGGAAGAUAACCUUCGACCAGAGGGAGACUUUUACACUCCUGAGAAACAGGGAUACAAACCGGCUGAACGCCCUACACAGAAGAAGCCAGAAGAUAAUUUGAGACCAGAGGGUGAAUUCUAUUCUCCAGAUAAACCGAAGUUCCAGCCAGGCGAGCGCCCAACUCAAGUAAGACACGCAGACAACUUGCGACCGGAAGGUGAGUUUUACACUCCUGAUAAGCCAGGAUUCAAGCCGGCAGAGCGACCGACUCAGAAGAAGCCGGAAGAUAAUUUGAGACCAGAGGGAGAAUUUUACACUCCUGAGAAACAGGGAUACAAACCGGCUGAACGCCCUACACAGAAGAAGCCAGAAGAUAAUUUGAGACCAGAGGGUGAAUUCUAUUCUCCAGAGAAACAUAAGUUCAGGCCAGGCGAGCGCCCAACUCAAGUAAGACACGCAGACAACUUGCGACCGGAAGGUGAGUUUUACACUCCUGAUAAGCCAGGUUUCAAGCCGGCAGAGCGACCGACUCAGAAGAAGCCGGAAGAUAACCUUCGACCAGAAGGCGAAUUUUACACUCCUGAGAAACCGGGAUACAUGCCGGGAGAACGCCCUACACAGAAGAAGCCAGAAGAUAAUUUGAGACCAGAGGGUGAAUUCUAUUCUCCAGAGAAACAUAAGUUCAGGCCAGGCGAGCGCCCAACUCAAGUAAGACACGCAGACAACUUGCGGCCGGAAGGUGAGUUUUACACUCCUGAAAAGCGAGAAUAUAAGCCGGCUGAACGCCCUACGCAGAAGAAGCCAGAGGAUAACCUUAAACCAGAAGGAGAGUUAAUUUUGCCAGGGAAAACUGUGUUUAGACCAGCUGAAAAGGUACAGCGCGUUAUAAGGAAAGACAAUCUUCGAACUGAAGGGGAGUUUAUAUUUAAUGAGAAACAAAGAUAUGAGUUUGUGAAAAGACCUGAUCAAAUAAAACCAAUAGAUAACUUGAAACCGGAAGGAGAAUUUUAUAAAGUAGAGAAGCCGUCGUACAAGCCAGGUGAACGCCCACUAGUCAAAAAGCCUGAAGAUAAUUUAAGAAUGGAGGGUGAGUUUACCGUACCAGAAAAAGUUUCAUUUAAGCCUGCUGAAAAAACAAAACGUAUCACGAGAAAAGAUAAUUUGCAUAUGGAAGGUGAAAUGACAUUUUCGGAAACGGAAAAAUACGAAUAUGUCAGUAGGCCUGAACAAAUUAAGCCCUCUGAUAAUCUAAAGCCAGAGGGUGUAUUCCAUACUCCGAAGAAACCGAAGUUCCAACCUGCCGACAAGUCAUCCCCAGUUAAAUAUGAAGAUAAUUUGAGACCAGAGGGAGAAUUCUACGUCCCAGAUAAGCCAGGAUACAAACCAGCUGAUAAAGUGACACGAGUCAUUCAUAAAGAUAAUCUUCGAAUGGAGGGCGAGAUGACUUUUACAGAAAAGCAAAAACACAUAAAUGUCAAAAGACCGGAAAAGGUUGUACCGCGAGGCAACCUUAAAGUUGAAGGUGAUUUUUACACUAAAGAAAGGCCGAAAUAUCAGACUUCAGAGCGUCCGAAGCAAGUGAAACCGGAAGAUAAUCUCAAACCGGAAGGACAAAUGUACAUUUCAUCUACAGACAAGACAGAUUCUAAACAUAUUAAAACUAGUAUUGAAAAGGUGGUUGUCAAACGCCCAGUAGACAAUCUUAAACUUGAGGGAAAUCUUCAAAUUUCAAGAAGGGAUGACUAUAACGAAAAGCAAAGUUCUACAUUGGACACUUCCAAAGUUGUGCAGAAGACUUCGAGAACAAAGUACACACAUAACAAAUCGUCAAUAUCUCUUGGAGAGGAUAAUACCAUUUUGAAGACAACAAAUCAAAUGAGCUUUGUAUCUGGCAAACAAGCUGUCCCUGCUGAUAAAUUAAAUUCAGAAAAACCUGUUGAUGGUUUGGUGGUUGUAUCUACGAAAAAGGUGACUACGGUAAUAGGAGGUAGGGUCAAAAAAGAACCAGAAACCGAAUAUGUUAGGCGGCAAGGAAGAGUUAACGUUAUUGAAAAUAUUGCAAAAACCAAUAAUGUUAAAAAUAUUGUCAAUAUUGAAAACAAACAUGACGAAGCUAUUUCUGUAAAAGAAAAUCGUUUCACGAAACAAAACAAAUUUACGGAUUCCGCUAUCCUUAAUACUUCCGAUCAAAGGUCCUCUUCCAAACAAAUUGAAAACAAACAUGACGAAGCUGUUUCAGUAAAAGAAAAUCGUUUCACGAAACAAAACCAAUUUACGGAUUCUGCUAUCCUUAAUACUUCCGAUCAAAGGUACUCUUCCACACAAAGCAAAUCCACUAAAUUAGGAAGCGCAUCAGAAAGAAUACUAUCAACUGCAGUUGGAGAAAAUGUCACUGGUCAAACACAUUCCACGCAGUGUAAGCUUGGAAUGCAUGGAGGUACAUUAAGCAACUUGAACUCUGUCUCCUCGGUUAAGAAUAUUUCGGACCAAGCACAUUCUACAAAUCAUCAGUCCACGACUGUUGAAAGUGCAUCAACAAAAACUUCAUCAAGUUCUUCAGCUGCCUCUGUAUCCAAACAUUUUCAUCAUCGCAGAAGCGACUUCACUGCCGACACAAACAUUACGAAUUCAGUAUUUCACAGGAAAAAUAUUUCAAAUGAAUCAAAUCAAUUGGGUAGCUUGACUUCGAAUGGUAAAAUUCAUAGGAAAAGUAUUUUGAAUUUGCACGAGGAGCCGUCCAGUUCUGUUUUCCCCAGCGAACGUCAAAGUUACAGUAGCAUACACAGACAGAAUAGAGAGCAAGACAGCAGCUCAUUAAUGGCGAGUGAACGUCGCCACUACAGCACAAUUGGCCAAUCACAAAGCAGAGAUCAGGCUUCGAAGUCUUGCAGUGUUCACAAAAUGUCGUCGACUGGCGGUGGCAUCGAGUUUCCCUCAUACAGUAAACAUUCCGAGAGAAGUGUAACCCGCAGGAAUGUGAAUCAAUCGUCUAUUUCUCUAGGAAUGGAUGGAGCUUCAUCCACAACCCUAUACCGUAGUGAAUAUAAAACGGUUCCAACCACAACUUGUGCUAUACACAAAAUCAAAGAAGGUGCAUUCCAACACACAAGAAACACGAACGAACAUAAAUUUUUUAAAACUGUCAAAAACUAACUACGCUUGCAAAUUGUAAAGGCAUGCCAAAAUACGUAUGUAUACGUACAUAAGUAUGUAUGUAUGUAUAUAAAAGAAUGCAAUAUUUUUUUCUUACAUAUCAUUGAGGCAUAUCAAUGUUUUAUCUCUAAUAUUAUGUGUAUGUAUAUCUAUAAUAAGCAUGCGUAAUUGCCACAUAUAUUUAAUAAAUCUACCAUUAUAUACUAUAUAAUUUUUUAACACAUACAUAUGUACAUA